UCCUCUAUUUUGUUCAUCUUCCGUUUGAAACAAUCUGAAAGCUGACUCGAGCUGCACUGCUCUCUCACAAUCUCUCUCUGUUACUGCGUUCAGAGCUUUUGCUUCAGAUCCGUCUUCGUUUCCAAUCUAAAAAGAUAACUCAGUUCGUUUUCAAGUACUCGUUAGUCGUUGCCUUUAAGUUUCAGUGUUUAGAGUGCGAGACUGUCCGUACUGACCAAGAAACAGAGAGAGAGGAAAAUGGUGACGAAGGAGAGAGGAGAAGAGCUCGCGCUGUUCCUUGAUAUGCGGAGGCGGGAGAUGGACGCUGACGAGCUCCACACUCCUUCACCCUCAGAGUCAAUGCCUCCCCGGAAGACACGCGCCGAUGAGUUCUUGAACUCGGAAAAUGACAAAUCUGAUUAUGAUUGGCUUCUUACACCACCUGGGACACCACUUUUUCCUCCUUUGGAGAAGGAUUCACAGAAACCUGUAUUGAGUCAGAUUGAGAUUCCUAAUGCACGCCCCACUGCUCCAAAAUCUAGGCUAGAUAAGGUCCAGGAAGAACCUGCUUCAAGGAGUAUUAUAGUCCCUAAGCAGCCAACUUUGUCCUCUAGACAGAAUUCUUCCAGCAACGGUAAUAGAAGGUCAUCAUCAUCUAUGGGGCUCACAUCAGCUACUUCAAGACCUGCAACUCCAACUGGACGGCCCACAUUACCUUCUAAAACGAAACCUUCAAGAUCCUCCACACCUGUUUCACAUCCCACAUUACCUUCUAAAACGAAACCAUCAAGAUCCUCCACCCCUCCAAUGGUGAGAUCUUCAACUCCUACUAGAUCCACUGCUCGGUCUUCAACACCAACUGCCAGACCUUCCUUACCAACUUCCAAGUCACAAACAAGAUCAGCCACACCAAACCGCGGACCGUCAGCCCCCUCAGUUGAACCUAGUUUAUCUGCUCCUCCUGGUCGAUCUUCUUCAGCACCAAAGUCAGGUCCCACAAUUUCAAAAAAGCCACUGCUAUCACGUGGAAGUUCACCACCAGUUAAAUCUAGGCCUUGGAAACCCUCUGAGAUUCCUGGUUUCUCACUUGAUGCUCCUCCAAAUUUGAGGACAUCAUUUCCAGAAAGGCCAGUUUCAGCCUCUAAGGGCAGGCCAGGAGCACCAAGUGCUAGGUCAUCUUCUAUUGACUCCAUUUCAAAUGGAAAAUCAAGACAACAAUCAUCCUCUCCCUCUAGAGGACGAGCUUCUCAUGGCAGUGCCUAUGGUAAUGGGAAGGCCAUUCUGGCUAAGAGUAGAUCACGUGGAAAAGAUAACGAGACUGAUAGCCCUGUACUUAUUGGAACAAAGAUGGUUGAAAGAGUGGUAAACAUGAGGAAACUUCCACCACCCAAACAAGAUGACGGUUACUCCACACAUAAUGAAGGUAGCAAGUCUUUGUCCACCAACAGCUCGGGCUUUGGAAGAACACUUUCAAAUAAGUCCCUUGAUAUGGCUCUAAGGCAUAUGGAUAUAAGACGCAGCAUCCCCGGUAAACCUCGCCCAUCCAUGACAAACAUUCCUGCUUCUUCUGUUUACAGUGUGAGGUCAAGUUCCACAAAAAAGACAGUGAGUGCUGCUGACUCUCCUCUUGCCACAAGCAGCAAUGCUAGUUCAGAGCCAAGUAUCAAAAAUAGCUCCGUUUCUUUAGAUGGGAGUGAAAUUGAAGACAAUGAUUUUGGACGUGAUAAAGGAAACUCCUCCCCUGCCAGUGAGCAUGGGAAACACUAGCUAGAUAUCUAAGCAACAUUCCCAUUAGAAAAAGGAGAUGACGGUAGAAAAGGUGCUGAUGCUACUAUGACCAAUAGCUUCGCUAUUUGAUGAGUCUAGUUAUCAUUUGAACUGUUCAAAAAGACAACUUGUAUCCAAAAUUCGAUAACUGGAAAUUGAAGAGCUCCUUCAGCCUCAA